AAAUAAUAUUAUUAUCUCGCUUUAAACUUCCGCGCCCCGCUCUCCAGGACGCGCAUCCCGCCUGGCGGGGUGGACGAGCCGGUGGUGGUGCUCCUGGAAGUCCUGAGCUGGGGUCGGCUGGAAGAUGACCGAAUAUAAGCUGGUGGUGGUGGGAGCUGGUGGUGUUGGGAAGAGUGCUUUGACAAUACAGCUUAUUCAGAACCAUUUCGUUGAUGAGUAUGACCCCACGAUAGAGGAUUCCUACAGAAAGCAAGUCGUUAUCGACGGAGAGACCUGCUUGUUGGACAUCUUGGAUACCGCGGGGCAAGAGGAGUACAGUGCCAUGAGAGACCAGUACAUGAGAACAGGGGAAGGGUUCCUCUGUGUCUUCGCCAUCAACAACACCAAGUCCUUUGAAGAUAUUCACCAGUACAGGGAGCAGAUCAAGAGGGUGAAAGACUCAGAUGAUGUUCCCAUGGUGCUGGUGGGAAAUAAAUGUGACCUACCAGCCCGGACAGUGGAGACCCGGCAAGCGCAGGACCUGGCCCGGAGUUACGGGAUCCCCUACAUAGAAACGUCUGCCAAAACCAGACAGGGCGUUGAAGAUGCCUUCUACACCUUGGUGCGGGAGAUCCGUCAGCACAAGCUGCGCAAGCUGAAUCCCCCAGAUGAGAGCGGCCCGGGCUGCAUGAACUGUAAAUGUGUGAUAUCGUGACUACGCUGACUGGACUGUGUCUUGCAGAGGUUCCCACUGUGCAGAGCGCAAGGAAAGAGGUGAAGCGAAGGAAGAAGCAAACGGAUUCA